UUCUUUUUUCUGGAACAAUGAGUUAGAUUUGUGACACUUUGGGUCCAGUUGGGUGAAAAAUGUUCAAUCUUAAAGAAGGUGUAAGGGAGGAGUAUAAUAUGAGACUUUAUGCCAUUUGAAGUUUUAGAAUGGGGCACAGACUAGAAACUAGACGUCAUCAUGAAAGCUCCAGUGCUGCAAAAGAGAUCAAAUCAUCCCUAGCAAAUCAAAGUUCAAAGUUCAAAGACAAGUAUAAAGUUGAAAGCACAGAAGAUAAACCAUACCAGUGGUUAGGAAAUAAGGGAAACAAAGAUGACGAGCUUGUCAAGUACAUGUCGAAUUUGCCAGGUUAUCUGCAGCAUGCGGAAAAGGGAAAGAACAUUCAAGGAAAGGCUUUGAAUUUUGGAGUCCUUGAUUGGGAGCGUCUGGAGAAAUGGAAGUAUAAUGAACAUAUGCCGCCUGCCAGCUGUCAUCGUAAAACGUUAUCAGGUAGUUCUUCAUUUGUUUCUGCAAGGCCUCCCACUGCUUAUGGCAUAUCUUCUCAGAGAAAGCAAAUGCCAUUACCACCGAGCGUUUCGUCUUGUGAACAAAAGCUUGCAGAACCUGUCCAGCAAUCCCAAUCAGAUUCCAUGCAGACCCAGGAUUUGCAAACUACUCGGUGCCCCACAAAGCAUGGGAAGCAGAAGCAACGUCUUAGGAAGGAGAUACCACCCCGCAGGCGCAAUUCUGAACUAAAUAUUGGCAAAUACAUGGACCGUGAUCGCGAUCCUGGUCAAAAGAUGAGACCAGAUGAAGAAGAUUUGCCCUGGGUGCCGAUUAAGAAUGUUAGUGUUCCUCCUAGUCAUACAAACAAGAAUCUUGUUCCCAAUGAAGACAACUUUAGUUCCCAAAAUUAUGCUGCUGAACCCAAGAAUAUUGUUCUCUUGGUUCCCCAACGUCGUUCGAAAACAAGUACGAAGGCCUCUCAAUUCUCAGAAUCGAGAACAUCUCUUGAUGAGCAACCAGCUGAGGCGAUGAGGACCGGAUUUUCUGAUUGCUCUUCUCAGGAAUCCUUCUCUAGAGAACUGCGUGCUGUUCCACAUUCAUGUCCUUUGCCUGCAAGCUCUGCAACGAAUACGGAGUCUCAUGUGAAGCAACACCAAUUGUCCAAUGCUCGGGGCAUUACAGAUUCAUGCUCAUCCCCACGUCAAAAUGGGAGGAUAAAUAUUCGCUCUUCAUUUGAUGCCAAAUGUCUGAAACACCAUAAAUCUGAUGUAGAAUUGAGUGUCCCAGCUGAGACUUCUCAGAGAGCAGAUUUGUUCACUGCAGAGCAGGCAGUGGUGAAGGGAAGACAUCCAUCCCCUAAUAAGAGGUUUAGCUUCAGCAGUCUUAGUCGUAUGAGCAGAAGUUUCAGUUUUAAGGAGACCUCGACUGUUCCACCAUUGAAUGGUACAAAUAGCAUGCCCAAGUCUGGCCCAGUAGGAGCUUCUUCCAGUGGUACAGAUAUCAGUAAUCGGGAGAAGCCAAAUGCUGGUAACAGAGCAAGAUCUAGCCCUUUGAGACGACUCCUAGAUCCACUUCUGAAGCCUAAGGGCGUUCAUUCAGCCGAGACAUUUCCGCGUCCUAAUGGAAACUCAAAUGGCAAUACUUUGCCCACUAACCACAGUAAACACGUUCAUGUGAAAAAGCAUCAGCCCUCAACUCUUCAGGCUAUUCUGCUGCUUACACUGAAGGAUGGAGUUCCGUUUUUCAAACUUGUGGUUGAGGAUGAUGGUGGCAUUCUUGUUGCAGCUGUCAAGAAGUUGCCGAUGUCUGGGAAGGGCGGAAGUAGCUUGGUUUAUGCCUUCUAUGCAGUCCAUGAAAUUAAAAGGAGGAGUGGGAGUUGGAUGAGCCAUGGACCAAAAGAGAAAACUGCUGGCUUUGGUUAUAAAGUUAUUGGUCAGAUGGAGAUUUCUUGUUCCGAAGUUCAAAACUCAAGUGUACAUGACCACAAAAGCAUAUCUGUGCAAAGGGAAUCUGUCUUGUAUAGCAUUGAUUGUGGACAGGUGGACAAGCAAGUCCCUGAUUCUUCUCAAAAAAGAGAGCUUGCCGCCAUUGUUGUUAUGAACUCAAGUCAAUACAAACAAGAAGAUAUGCAGACCUGUGAAACAUACAGUGAUGUUGUAGUCAUUCUUCCUGGUGGUGCACAUAGCUUGCCAAGUGAUGGAGCUCCUUCCUCAUUGCUCGAACGAUGGAGAUCUGGUGGAUCAUGUGAUUGUGGAGGAUGGGAUGUCGGUUGCAAGCUAAAAAUACUUGAACAGGAUAAGAAUUGCAGGAGCCAAGAUUUUCUAAACCUUUUGAUUCAGGGAGGAGAACAGAGGAGCAAGCCUAUAUUCAGUAUGGCACCACUCAAGAAUGGACUUUACUCAGUCGAAUUUGAUUCAUCGGUUCCUUUAUUAGAGGCGUUCUCCAUCUGUGUCUCUGCUCUGACUAAUCUUAAACUAGCUGACAUAUUUGAAAUUGGAUCUCACAGACAGAAGGGCUCUUCAGAUGCCAUGAGGGUGAUGAAGACUACAACCACUAUCCAACCACCCCCCUCACCUGUUGGGAGGAUCUAGGUGUAUGAUGAAAAGGAAACUGAUGAAGCAAGAAUCUCAGUUUAAUCAGACUGGUUUAGCUUCUUGAGAAUCACAUGUUUUGCAUGUCGCAAACUGAAUCUGUGGUUCGAAUAAGUCUAUCUUCGACCUCUCAUUUUGUACGUCUUUGAUCAGCUGUAAAUUCUCUUAUAUGUUAGGAAAUAAUGUCAUGCCGCAAGGUGUAGAAUGAACUCAGUGGAAAAGGCUCUAUAGAACAAGUAGAACUCUUGAAUAUAUACAGUGGCUGUAUUUCGUUUCCUUUGUUUUUAUCUAAGGUAAUGUUGAUGGUCGUACUGUUA